AUGUCUCCUGUCGAGCAACUAGAAGAAUUGGGUUCGUGUAGUGCCAAUGCUGUAGCCGGUGUUCUAGAAUAUUUGAUCAAACGUAAAUAUAAUAUUGAUAUGGAUGUAUCUCGUUUAUUUAUCUAUUACAAUGCUCGACGAAUUGAUUAUCAGCAUUCAAGUUUCGGAGAUUCUGGAGCUACUCUAACAGGCGGUGUGAGAGCAGUACGUAAAUAUGGUGUUUGUGAUGAAAAAAUUUGGCCCUAUGACAUAAAAUUAGUGAAUAAACGACCGGGAUCAUAUGCAUAUCGGGCAGCGCGUCGUUACACUGCCAGACCAAUGACUUCAAUGCAGACAAGAGAGUCACGUUAUUAUCCAAUCGAUGCAGCUCAAUCAGUUCCUCCAAGAUCCUUGCGUUUUCGUUCUGGACCACUACCACAUAAGAUCGACCUUCGUCCAUGGAUGUCUCAGAUUGAGCAACAAGGCGACAUUGGUUCGUGUGCCAAUGCUUUAGCCGGUGUUCUAGAAUAUUUGAUCAAACGUAAAUAUAAUAUUGAUAUGGAUGUAUCUCGUUUAUUUAUCUAUUACAAUUCUCGACGAAUUGAUUUUCAACAUUCAAUAUUAACAGAUACUGGAGCCACUCUAACAACCAGUGCCAAAGCAGUACGUAAAUACGGUGCUUGUGAUGAAAAAUUUUGGCCAUAUGAUAUAAGCUUAGUGAAUAAACGGCCGACACCAAACGCAUAUCGAGCAGCACAUCGUUUCACUGCCAGACCAGUUAAAAUUCCAAUAAACUUGCCAUCAAUAAAAGCAUCAUUGGCUAAUGGUCUACCGAUUGCGAUUAGUAUAAUUUUGCGCAAUUCAGCAGGUGAACAACAAAUGACUGCACUCGAUUAUUGUCGUUGGAUGUUGACAAAAUUAAAUUUGGCUAUUACCGCACUAGAACCAGUCUUAGUAAAUUUGGGUAUUUCUACUGAAAUUGCCGAUUCUUAUUUAAAAACACUUGAAAUUCCUUCACCUGAAGAUAUUCAUAUAACUGCUCAAGAACCAUUACAAAUAUUAUCGAAUUUGUUUCAAAUGUCAAUUAAUAUAUUGCCAUCUUUUCGUCAAAUAAACAAUGUUGAUGAUUUUAAUAAUACAAUUCCUAUAGGACAAGAAUUAAAUGAAACACCUGAAAGAACAAUUGGAGCACCAAGUGAACAAAAUGAAUGUCAUUUGAAUGGAGAAAUUCAAGCAAUAAUACCAUCGAAUUUACCAAGAUUUUUUAAUUCGAAAGAUACUUGUCUAACAAUAUCUUUAUCAGAAUUAUUAUUACAAGCUCAAAAAUAUGUUCAAGAAAUAGAAUUAGCCGAACUUAAAAUAUAUGAACAACCACAAGAAUUUUGGAAAAAACGUUCAAUUAAUUGUUUAAAAAAUAAAUGGUGUCCAGCUAUUCAUGGACGAAGUGGUAAACAACGACAUUAUAUUGGUAUAAAAUGGUCAAAAUUUAUCGAUUCUAAUCCAAAUAAUUUAUUUGUUUUUGUUCAAUUACUUUCAUAUGAUAAUCAAUCACAUUUAUCAAAAGUUUUAGUACCACCAGAAACAACAGUUAAACAAAUAAAAUCAUCAGAAAAAAAACAACAAAGAAAUAAUAGACGUCAAACACUUAGUGAUUUGAUUAUCAAAGAUAUAUAUGGUUUUGAUAGAACAACAAAUACAAUCCUUUGUCCUAUAACUGAAGAUGAAUAUCGUCGAUGUCAAAAAAAUUUAAAAGUACUCAUGUUCAGUUUAUAUAAAACAAGUGAAGAAAUUGAAAAUUUAAAUUCUAUACAAGAUUUAAAUGAUAAUCAAACAGUAAACAAAGAUGAAGAUAAUGAAAUAUUUGCAGAUGAAGACGAAGAUAGUUCUAUGGAAAAUCAAUUACUUAAAUUAUGUAAACUUCGUAUUCGUCUUUGUCGACGAACAGAUGAAAAUACAUUAGAAUAUAUAUCCAAUUUCAUCGAUACUGAAUGGAUCGAAGAAAGUAAAGGUAAUGAACCAUUAGCUAUUGAUCCAUCAAAAGUAACUCCAAAAUAUCUUUGUAAAUGUGGUAAUGAAAUAAUUAAAGUACCAUUAAAUACGGAUAGUGAAAAAAAUGGUUUUGUUGUACGUUUAAAUAAUGCAGAAUUAGAUUCUUCUCUAAUUCAUGGAGUUAAAGAUAAACAAAUAUUUUUUAAAUCACUUCCAAAUAAAAUACCUAAACAAAAUUCUCUACAUGUAAUGGUAUCAAAAAAAAGUGUUUCAAAAACAAUUAAAUUAAAACAUAAUCCAUAUGAUGGUCUUGAUGAAAAUACUCUUUUAAAUUUUUGUAUAAAUUAUGUGGAAAAUAGUGAUAAUCCACAUAAUCAUAAAAAUGACCGAUACAAAAUUUCAAUGCAAAAAAAUGAAAUCAAUCGAAUCAAUACAUAA